UAGUAGACGGGGGGUCGCUGUCGCACGGCGUGGCGUGCGUCGCGCGGCGCCAGCUGGCGGGCAGCGGGCGCGCGGGCAACGCCUGGCUGACACCCCCCGGGCAGGCCGCACUCUCUAUACAGGUAUGGCGCAAGAUGUCUCCGCGGCUGUCGUUGGUGCAGCACGCGGCCGCGCUGGCUGCAGUGCGCGCAGUACGCACACAUCCUCACUACGAACACUUGGAUAUCAGACUGAAAUGGCCCAAUGACAUAUACUAUGGUCGUGAAGUCAAGAUAGGUGGCAUCAUCACUAAAGCGAGCUGCUUAGGUGAUGACGUCAUCGUACAUAUAGGUGCGGGCGUGAAUAUAUCAAACAGUGUACCUACCACGUGCAUUAACGAUAUUAUAUCUGAAUACAAUCGUAUCCACGGCACUACCUUAGCCCCUGUUUCCAUUGAGAAGUUCCUCGCGCGCUGGUGCUCACACCUCGAGCUGAUUCUCCAACAUAUAGAGACUGAUGAGGGUCUGGAGACGUUCUUCCAGCAGUACUACCAGUAUUGGUUACAUGA